GACUCUCAGUAGACUGUUGUUGUGAGAGAGGAGGAGAGACUCCCACACUGUUAAAGUGUUUUCACAGAAAAAAAAGGAAAAUAAAAAACUCCUUUUCUCUCUCUUCUCUCUUUUCUUCUUUCGCCAUUAAUAAUCUUCCAAUCUCUCAAUUGUACAGUGAAAUUUUCUUGAAUUUCCGACUAUUAUUUUCAAUCUAUCCUUAUUGUUUCAUAGUUUUUAAUUGUACAUUUUUUUCUUACAUAUUUAUCGAUUUUGAAAUUCGAUCCUUAAUGAUUCUUUUCGGCAUUUUCGCCCUAAAUUACGUGAUAUUCCUCUGAUCCGAUCUUUGCACAUUGCUAUAGUACAAUUUCAUGUCGUGAUUUCAGAUUGAUUUUUGCCCUAUUUUAGGGAAUUUUAGUUGAAGAUCUUAUUAUCCUCAAUUUUGAUACUUCACUUAUCCAUUUUGCGGAAAUUCGAGGUGGGCUUCAAACUUAGUAUAACUGGCGCUACUUGUGCAAAUGCCAAAUCUUCCAUCCACUGAACCAAUAGAGCUUACUUCGACCUCUCGGGAAUCAAAUGGAGGAGAACAAUUGGAUGAGGAGAGCACAAUGGCUACAGUUGCUCGACUCAUUGAGCAGUUGCAUGCCAACGUAUCAUCACCUCAUGAGAAGGAACUUAUUACAGCGCGGUUGCUUAGCAUUGCCAGAAAAAAUAGGGAUGCAAGGGCAAUAAUAGGUUCCCAUGGUCAAGCAAUGCCAUUAUUUAUAUCUAUACUUAGGGCUGGUACUCCUGGAGCUAAGGUGAAUAUCGCUGCAACUCUUAGUGUUCUUUGUAGAGAUGAAGACUUAAGGAUAAAGGUGCUUUUAGGUGGUUGCAUUCCUCCACUACUUUCACUCUUGAAGUCAGAUUUAGUUGAGGCUAGGAAGGCAGCCGCUGAAGCAAUAUAUCAAGUGUCUGCUGGUGGACUAGCUGAUGAUCAUGUGGGUGUCAAAAUUUUUGUCACUGAGGGUGUUGUCCCAACUCUAUGGGAGCAGCUCAAUCUGAAGAAUCAGCAAGAUAAGGUAGUAGAAGGCUUUGUGACGGGGGCCCUGAGAAAUCUUUGUGGUGACAGGGAUGGGUAUUGGAGAACUGCCCUUGCAGGUGGAGGAGUGGAUAUCAUUGUCGCGCUUCUUUCUUCUGACAAUGCAGCCUCCCAAUCCAAUGCUGCUUCUCUUUUGGCCCGUUUGAUGUUUUAUUUUAGUGAUAGUAUACCUAAAAUAAUACAAUCCGGAGCUUUUAAAGCUUUGCUUCAACUAGUUGGUCAGGAAAAUGAGGUCUCUGUCCGUGCAAGUGCUGCUGAUGCUUUGCAAGCUCUUUCUUUGAAGUCAGAUGAAGCCAAAAAAGCAGUUGUUGAUGCUGGUGGUGUUCCGAUACUUAUUGGUGCUAUAGUUGCUCCUUCUAAAGAAGGUAUGCAAGGCGAGUUUGGUCAAGCUUUUCAGCGGCAUGCCACUGUUGCACUGGCUAAUAUAUGUGGCGGGAUGUCUGCAUUGAUCAAGUAUCUUGGAGAACUUGCCCAGUCUCCUCGGCUAGCUGCUCCUGUUGCUGACAUCAUUGGAGCCCUAGCUUAUUCUUUGAUGAUCUUCGAACAGAAAUCAGAAAUUGAAGAAGAACCAUUUAAUGUGAAGAAGGUAGAAGAGAUAUUAAUUACAUUGCUAAAGCCUGGUGAUAAUAAGCUGGUCCAGGAUCGUCUGCUUGAAGCUAUGUCUAGUUUCUACGGGAAUGUUUAUCUCACAAGGUGGAUUCAUUAUGCCGAGGCAAAAAAGAUACUAACUGGCCUGAUAACGAUGGCUGCUCUUGAAGUGCAAGAACAUCUUAUUUUAUCUCUGACUAGCUUGUGCACUGAUGGAGUUGACAUCUGGAUUGCCAUCAAAAAGAGAGAGGGAAUUCAGUUGCUGAUUUCUUUGUUAGGGCUAUCUAGUGAGCAACAUCAGGAGCAUGCUGCCCAGCUGUUGGUAAUUUUAACUGAUGAAGUUGAUGAUAGUAAGUGGGCCAUUACUGCAGCAGGUGGGAUUCCUCCACUAGUGCAACUUUUGGAGGUAGGAUCUUCAAAGGCUAAGGAGGAUGCGGCCCAUGUUUUGUGGAAUUUGUGUUGUCAUAGUGAAGACAUUCGUGCAUGUGUUGAAAGUGCAGGGGCUGUCCCAGCUUUCCUGUGGCUGCUGAGAAGUGGGGGACAAAAAGGGCAAGAAGCAUCAGCCAAAGCACUGAUGAAGCUUGUCCGGACAGCUGAUACGGUAACCAUCAAUCAGCUGCUUGCUAUGCUUGUAGAUGAGUCUCCAAGCUUGAAAGGCCACAUUAUCAGAGUUUUGGGUCAUGUGCUUACUAUUGCAUCACACAAGGAGCUUGUGCAGAGGGGAAGUCUAGCCAACAAAGCGCUGAAGUCUCUCAUCAAAGUGCUUGAUUGUUCAAAUGAAGAGAACCAAGAGUGUUCAGCUUCAGUUCUUGCUGAUCUCUUUAGCUCUAGGCCUGAGAUUUGUGAUAGUCUUGCAACUGAUGAGAUUAUUCAACCAUGCAUGAAGCUUUUGACCAGCAAGACACAACUUGUGGCUACCCAGUCAGCUAGAGCCUUAGGUGCUCUGGCACGGCCAACCAGAACAAAAAGUUUGAACAAAAUAUCUUGUAUUUCCAAGGGAGAAGUCCGGCCUCUAAUUAAGCUGGCUAAAACUUCUUUUAUUAAUGCUGCUGAGGCUGCUGUUGCUGCCUUAGCCAAUCUCCUUUCUGAUACUCAGAUUGCAUCUGAAGCUCUGGCUGAAGAUGUUGUUUCAGCUCUGACUAGAGUUUUGGGAGAGGGUACUCCAGAAGGAAAGAAAAAUGCAUCACGUGCCAUAUAUCAGUUACUGAAACACUUUCCUGUUGGAACUGUGCUCAAAGGAAAUUCUCAAUGUCGUUUUGCUGUUCUUGCUCUUGUUGAAUCAUUAAAAACAUUGGAUCGGGAUGAGAUUGGUGCUGCUGAUGCCUUGGAAGUUCUUUCUUUUUUAGCUAGAACAAAACAGAGGGUUAACUUUACAAACCAACUUUGGUCUACCCUCGCUGAAGUUCUUUCGAGUUUAGAACCUCUUGUUCAUUGUCUAGCUGAAGGGCCUCCUGAUAUUCAAGACAGGGUGAUUAUCAUUCUUUCUAGGCUUUGUGGAGAUCAACCAGCUGUGCUAGCUGACAUGCUGAUAGCUGAAUCAAAAUCAAUUACUUCUCUGGCGAAAAGAACAAUGAGUUCGUCUUGUCUAGAGGUCAAAGUUGGGGGAACUGCACUGCUUACUUGUGCUGCAAAAGAACACAAAAAGCAGUCAAUGGAAUCUCUUAGUUUAUCCGGAUUUUUAAGACCCCUGAUAAGUUCUUUAGUUGAGAUGAUAAGGCAAAAUUCCAGUUGUUGUUCGUUGGAAAUCAAAAUUAGAACGCCAAAAGCCUUCAAGCGUAGAACGUCUUUUCAAGAAGAUGAUGAGUCCGAGGUUCCUGAUCCAGCCUCUGUUUUGGGAGGUACAACUGCUUUAUGGUUGCUAUCCAUAAUGUCUUCGUUUAAUGAAGAGAAUAAAUGUGCUGUGAUGGAAGCUGGAGGGCUGGAAGUCCUUGCUGAGAAGCUCACAAGCUAUACUUCCAAACCACAGGCAGAGUUUGAAGAUGCUGAAGGUGUCUGGAUCAGUGCUCUGCUCCUUUCUAUACUCUUUCAAGAUGCAAGUGUUGUUUGUGAUCCAGCUGUUGUUCGUAUCAUGCCUUUGCUAGCUCUGAUGCUGAAAUCUGAUGAAAUGAUUGACAGGUUCUUUGCCACUCAGGCAAUGGCUAGCUUUGUUAGCCAUGGGAAUAAGGGUAUAAUGACAAUAAUCGCAAACUCAGGGGCUGUUGCUGGUUUAGUAACUCUAAUUGGUUAUGUGGAUGCAGACAUGCCAAACCUUAUUGCCUUGACCAAAGAGUUUUCUCUAGUCAAGAAUCCUGAGCAAGUUGUAUUGGAACACCUUUUUGAAAUAGAAGAUGUGCAAGUAGGAACUACUGCACGUAAAGCUAUACCAUUACUGGUUGAUCUUUUGAGACCAAUGCCAGAUAGACCCAGUGCACCUUCAAUUUCUGUCCAAUUAUUGACUAUGAUUGCAGAUGCUAGUGAUGCAAACAAAUUGAUAAUGGCUGAAGCUGGCGCCUUGGAAGCCCUGGCAAAGUAUUUGUCAUUGGGCCCACAAGACAUCACCGAGGCUUCAAUUUCUGAGUUGUUGAGGAUAUUAUUUACCAACUCUGAGCUCCUUAGACAUGAAGCUGCUGUUAAUUCACUUAGUCAGCUUAUAGCUGUUCUUCGUUUAGGAUCAAGAACUGCUAGGCUCAGUGCCGCAAAGGCUCUAAAUGAACUUUUUAAUGCUGAAAAUGUGAGAGACUCUGAAUCUGUCAACCAAGUUGUUCAGCCUCUUGUUGACAUGCUUGAUGCUACAUCUCGUUCCGAACAAGAAGCUGGUCUUCUUGGGCUGUUUAAGUUGACUGUUAGAGACCCUUCAAAGGUCAGUUUGUUGACAGAUAUUGAAGGAAAUCCUCUUGAAAGCCUCUGCAAAAUUUUGUCCUCUUCUACAUCGUUGGAACUGAAAAAGAAGGCAGCAGAUCUGUGUUCUAUAUUGUUCAGCAUUCCAAAAAUGAGAUCAACACCAGUUGCUACUGAAUGUAUACAGCCCCUUAUAUCACUGUUGAAGUCUGAUACUGAUUCAGCAAUUGAAUCUGGGGUUUGUGCGUUUAACAAACUGUUGGAUGAUGAUCAGCAGGUGGAGAAAGCAUCAGUUUAUGAUGUCGUCGAUCUCCUUGUUUCUUUGGUUUCUGGAUCUAACUAUCGGAUUAUUGAGGCCAGCAUUUGUUCUCUGAUUAAGCUGGGGAAAGACCAAAUUCCUCGUAAAUUGGAUAUGGUCAGUGGUGGAAUUUUUGAUAAUUGCCUGAGGAUUCUCCCAGAUGCCCCUAGCUCUGUUUGCUCCUCAGUUUCAGAACUAUUUCGCAUUUUGACCAACAGUGGUGUAAUUGCAAGAAGCUCUACAGCUCCAAGAAUAGUGGAACCCUUGUUUUGUGUUCUGCAACGUCCUGAUUUUAAUAUGUGGGGGCAGCACAGUGCCCUGCAAGCACUCGUGAAUGUCCUGGAAAAACCACAGUGCUUAACAAUCUUAGAACUCACUCCUAGCCAAGUUGUUGAACCGUUAGUAUCCUUAUUAGAAUCACCUUCUCAAGCAAUCCAGCAAUUAAGUUCUGAAUUACUAUGUCACCUUCUUGCCCAAGAUCAUUUUCAGCAAGACACGACGACUAAAGGUGCAAUUAUUCCUCUUGUUCAGAUCGCAGGAAUUGCAAAUUUGAACUUACAGCAAACAGCUGUGAAGGCAUUGGAAAAGAUGUCUUUGAUUUGGCCCAAAGCAAUUGCAGAUGCUGGAGGUAUAUUUGAGCUCUCCAAAGUCAUUAUUCAAGAUGACCCUCAACCACCUCAUUCAUUGUGGGAAUCCGCUGCACUUGUCCUGACCAAUGUACUUCAUGUGAGUGUAGAGUAUUACUUUGAGGUACCGCUGGUGGUUCUCGUGAAAUUGUUGCACUCAUCACAAGAAAGCACUGUCAGUAUGGCUCUUAAUGCUCUCAUUGUUCAAGAAAGAAGUGAUAAUCGCAGUGCUGAAUUAAUGGCUGAUGCUCAAGCAAUCGAUGCUCUCUUAGAUCUUCUAAGAUCACAUCAGUGUGAGGAAGCAGCCGGAAGAUUACUGGAAGCUUUAUUUAAUAAUGUGAGAAUUAGAGAGAUGAAGGUCGCUAAAUAUGCUAUUGCACCAUUAUCUCAGUAUCUCCUUGAUCCUCAAACCCGAUCACAAUCGGGCAGACUACUUGCAGCUUUGGCUCUGGGUGACCUCUCACAACAUGAAGGGCUUGCCAGAGCAAGUGAUGCUGUUUCGGCAUGUCGUGCUCUUAUUAGUUUGUUGGAAGAACAGCCAACAGAAGAAAUGAAAAUGGUUGCAAUUUGCGCAUUGCAGAAUUUUGUCAUGCGCAGUAGGACUAAUAGACGUGCUGUUGCAGAAGCAGGUGGAAUUCUUGUUGUCCAGGAGCAACUAUUAUCUUCUAACGCAGAUGUUUCCAUCCAGGCAGCUUUGUUGAUUAGGUUUCUAUUCUCAAAUCACACACUUCAAGAAUACAUAUCAAAUGAACUCAUAAGAUCUCUUACUGCUGCAUUGGAGAGAGAACUGUGGUCUUCAGCAACCAUCAAUGAAGAGGUCUUAAGAACGAUAAAUGUAAUAUUAACUAAUUUCCCUAAGCUUCACGUAUCUGAAGCUACGACGUUGUGCAUUCCCCAUUUGGUGGGAGCGCUAAAAUCUGGAGAUGAAGCUGCUCAAGAAUCUGUGCUGGACACUCUAUGCUUACUCAAACAUUCUUGGUCAACCAUGCCUAUAGAUACUGCUAAAUCACAAGCUAUUGUUGCUGCUGAAGCCAUUCCGAUCCUACAAAUGUUGAUGAAAACCUGUCCUCCAAGUUUCCAUGAAAGAGCAGACAGUUUGCUGCACUGCCUACCAGGGUGCUUGACUGUCACUAUAAACUGUGGACAUAAUCUAAAGCAAGCUAUGGGAACCACAAAUGCUUUCUGUCAGUUGACAAUAGGCAAUGGCCCCCCAAGACAAACAAAGGUCAUGAAUCAUAGCAUUUCUCCGGAGUGGAAAGAAGCCUUUACAUGGGCAUUUGACGUACCACCAAAGGGACAAAAACUCCACAUUAUAUGCAAAAGCAAGAACACUUUUGGAAAGGCAACGUUAGGUAGAGUCACAAUUCAAAUUGAUAAGGUUGUGACUGAAGGAGUUUACAGUGGAUUGUUCAACCUAAACCAUGAUAGCAAUAAAGAUGGAUCCAGAAAACUUGAAAUUGAAAUAAUGUGGUCCAAUAGAUUAUCCCAUGAUAGCAUGUAAACAAGAAAUCGUUACGGAAGUUCAAUGCAGAGUGAGUGAAGUUGCAGCUGUGCUGUCAGUUAAGUAUUGGUGGUGUGCUGCCCUGUAAAUCUCAAGGUUCCUUGCCUUGUAUUGUAUGUACGCUCCUACUCCUCUAGUCCCCUUUACAAUAUUCAUUUUUGUAGUCAAGUUUUGUUGCCUAUAUAAUAUAUAGAAUGUAUAAUCUUCAAAUUAAGGCGAGAACAAUCCAUAUUUUCUGCAGUGCCAUAAGCUCGUUGUACAGCUAAUUAUUAGGUUUUAGGAAAUCCAAUGUAUCGAUAUAUGUUGUCCAGAAAUUGUAUUCUUAAAACCCGAAAGAAAAAGUCUGAGAAAGUGUAUCAUUUGCUGUCCAUAGAAUACUGACAUUCUUGCGAAGCUUAAGUUGAAAAUUAUGUGUAUAUUGUAUUUUGUAUUUUGCCAGUAGGCGAUUUAUUGAUGUAUACAUCAGGCUGGGCUCAUCAAACCCGCCCCGGCCCAACAAUUUAUCUUAUAUCUACAAUAUUUCUUGGAUAAAGUUGUAUUUACAUUUCAUAGUUCACAAUCAUUGAUAAUUCUGUUUAUUUCUCAAAUGCUUCUUCACAUUAUUUUCAAUCAUUAAUUAACUCAAUGCAAUCCAUCUUCUCUCUCCUACUCUCAUUUCCUCCCACUUUAUUUCUCACUUUCAAAAACCACGUCAACAGAAUUCUCCUGUAAUAAUCAUCAUUAAUCCAUCAUCAAAUCAACCCAAAAACACAAUUAAUACCCAUAAUCCUUCUUCAUCAUCAAAUCCCAAACAAAAAUCAAAAAGAAUCAGUUUAUGAAUCAAUAAUAAAUUAAUAAUGAUGA